AUGGCGGACAGUUCUACGGAGAAGGAGCGCAUGUGCUGUUCAGCCACGUGCUUCACGCUGUUCAUCGUCAUCUCUCUCUUCACUCACAUCUCGGAAGUGUUUCUCAACGCCGUCUACAUUUUCUACGUGUACACAGAUACGGUGAACCCCGAGUGGACGGCCACUACACUGGGCUUUCUUCUUCUUCCCAUCGUGGUCACUCAGCUUUUCUCUGCCUUGCUACAUCUUCAGUGGCGAGUAGCCCAGAGCAAAGAUGGUGGGGGCAGGAUACAGAACAUCCUUCCUGUGGCGCUACUUCAUGUCGUUCAGCUCGGCUUCGUAUGGAGACACCUGCGCAUCCUGAACGAGAGGAAUCCAGUCCACAGGAAGAAGUUCCUGGUAGACGUGUUGUUGUUGAGACUAGUGUUUGCCUUUACAUCCUCCCUUCCUCUCUUGUUACUACAAACACAUUACAUCCUUACUCAUCAGCCCUUCCACGGGAUACAGCUAGCUGCCAUGCUAGUCUGUCUGCUAUCGACGUCAUGGGCGCUGGCGUCAUAUCGACGUCAACAUGAAUUCUGUGAUAUUGACAAAGUGAUUCUGACCUGGCCAGGCACGAUUUUCCGGUGGCUAUGGCGGAUGGGUGAGGUCACUUCCAGAAUCUUGUCCCUGGCAGUGUUUGCCACAACUUAUCAUUAUUGGACGUUUUUAGUUCUCGGUCUUCACUGGACAACAAUGCUGAUCUGCAUUUGGGCCACCAUCUUGGGGACAGUGCACCGGAAAGACUUUAAUCGCGCCAGUCAUGCGCUUAUUUGCGUUGCUAUUGGCUAUGUCUACACAUUCGCUCACCUGAAUUUCAGCAAUCAUCGAGCUAGGUGUAGGUAUGUGACGUAUUAUUCCAUUAUAUUCUUAGAGAUAUGUGUCUUGGUGGCCGCAUGGCUGCUAAGCAACACCUCAUGGCGGACAAACAUUAUAUCGUAUUACCUCAUAGCUGUCAUCGGUAGUGCUUUUGUACUUUCGGUUAUCUCCAUGUCAGUAUACUACGGCUGCUUUCAUAUCCCGAUAUCUAGUGUUCCCAAAGGGAAUUCAGACGUCUGCAUUCACGAUGGUUGUAUCAACUGUAAGUUAAGUCUGUGCACCAAACACAGCAAAGUCUUACAGAGGCCCUUCAACCCUGGUUGGACCUCACAAUAUCAAGCAGCCGUCUACGACGGGCACUACUACAAACAUGUCCUUCAGGACUCUUUAUUGGACUCUGCCUCUGAGCUGGACGAUCGGUUUCGAGGGAACACGUCAUUUAACGACAGAGAAGUGGAGAUGAUCAUGAAAUCGGGCUCGGACUCAGUGACGUCAGUGGGCCACAACAGGAAGGUAACUGUGGAAAUUGUUGCAAGUAGUAGUCAUGGCAACCCAAACGGUGAGGACGACGUGAAAACGGAUUGCCCAGCAUCAAAGUCUAAAACCACCAACACCGAAGUGACGCGAACGACAGCCAGUGCAACCUCAACUCUCAAGAGUAGCCUUGAUUUGUAUAAUAAUUUAAACUGUACCCAACUGGAGAAGUCGUUCGACGCCUCAACCUUGUUAAAGAGCAAGGCGUUAAGGAAGGCGGAGUCACUAUCAAGUGCUCUGUUACAUUUGGACUCGGAGAACAGCGAGAGUGGCAUGUCGCAGCACAACCUCAGGGAUUAUAAUCUGACCGUGUCGUCUGUAGGUCUUUCGUUAAAGCGCAAUAGUGACUGCGGAAAGCAAACCCAUCCUAAAGCAAAGAACCGGGUGUUAAAGUCAGACGAUUCCAAUUUGUGGGACAAUUCUGUGGAAGAUAACAAUGCGGAAGACGUUGUCUCCAAAAGGCAAAGCCCGGAAAGCAGUACGACAGGCGAGAUUUCUGUGGUCGUUAGUGACGUUUUAACGGAAGUGUUUGAUGAGUGUGGUGAGCAACCAGUUGAUGGAGGUGCUCACCACUCCAGGUCACCGCUCACCACGGACGUGUCAUCCUACAUCUGUGAGACUGACAGUGACGAUAACCCGGAAAUGAUAAUUUAA